UGUCUUUCUUUGAAGCCUCCAAACCCACGUGGAGAGAGUAGAAGAAGUAGAUCAAAGAUGCCUGCUUUAAAGCCUGUUAGCAGCUCUACUGUUGAGAAGCUGUUCCGCUCGGCGGCUGUGAGGAACAAGGUGCGUCGGAUGGCACUGUUCCAGCAGGAGAGGGCGCGCAAGAAGAAAGAUAAGCGAGCCAGGAGAGAGAAGAGAGAGAAAGAACGAGAAAAACUUGGGGAUAAGGCUCCACCAAAAGAGGUACCAAAGACAAUUGAAAACUGUCGGGUUCCCGACGAGACUGUAGUAUUACCGGACGAUGAAGAAGUGCUCCAAGAUGAACAAACCGACGAAUUUUCCGGCUACUUUGAUCGCUCAAUAUUACCCAAAGUGCUCUUAACCUCCUCGGACAAACCCUCACUCCAAACCAACUUGCUAUUAAGAGAACUGUCCAAAUUUAUUCCCAACUCUGACGUGAGACUUCGAAGAGGUAUCGAUGUGAAGAAGAUAAUUCCACAGUGCAUAGAGAGAGGUUACACAGACUUGCUGGUUGUAAACGAGGACAGGAAGAAGCCCAAUGGAUUGAUGGUCGUGCAUUUGCCAAAUGGACCCACUGCUCUAUUCAAAUUAACCAACUUCAAGCGAGGAUAUGAUAUUAAAGGACACGGCAGAGCUACCUCCCACAGACCUGAGGUGAUUCUGAACAACUUCUCCACUCGACUGGGCCACACGGUUGCUAGGAUGUUUGCCUCGCUGUUCAACCAUGACCCCCAGUUCAAAGGUCGCCAGGCAGUCACCUUCCACAACCAGAGGGAUUACAUCUUCUUCAGACAUCACAGGUACAUUUUCAGGAAUUCUGAACGAGUGGGACUACAGGAACUGGGUCCAAGGUUCACUCUGAAGUUACGCUCAUUGCAAAAAGGCACAUUCAACUCUAAAUAUGGAGAGUACAUCUGGCUGCAUAAGAUAAAACGAAUGGACACAAGUCGAAGGAAAUUCCACCUAUAAAAACAAAACCUUGUGUACUUGCUUGUGUUAGUGUGUGUUUGACUAAUGAUGUUCAUGUUUUUGCUUUCACCGAC